ACGCAUACCCUUAAUACCAACAACCAACUCUAUUGACUCCGGUCUCCAACAUGUCCGAAAGAGGCUCGUUCCGAGGUGGUGGUGGUCGUGGCCGCGGCGGAGGUUAUGCCCGGGGCGGUCAGCGCGGUGGCGGUGCAGGUGGCGGUGCAGGCCAGCCACACCAGCAACAGCAGGAGAGGCCCAAGAAGGAGAAUAUCCUUGAUUUGUCCAAGUAUAUGGACAAGGAGGUCAAGGUGAAGUUUAGCGGUGGUCGUGAGGUGACGGGAACGCUCAAAGGCUACGACCAGCUUAUGAACCUGGUCUUGGAUGAUGUUAAGGAGUCGAUGCGCGAUGACGAAGGCAACGAGACUACUCGUGCCCUUGGGUUGAUCGUGGCCCGUGGCACUUUGAUCGUGCUGAUUUCGCCCGCCGAUGGUAGCGAGGAAAUUGCCAAUCCUUUUGCCCAGCAAGAGGAGUAAACAUCUGCUCUUCUUUUAUAAUUUUUCCCUCAAGCUAGGAACCGGUUCUUCCGGCGUUCUUCCCCCUGUUCAACCCGCAAGACAAGGAGCGGUAGCAAUCAUCAUAGCCGGGGUAAUGAUUGGCUGCUACCUGCGUCCAUCUAUUACAGAAUAUCCUUUAUGCCAUAGCUGGCAGUUCUACGCCAAUAAUGAUCAUACGGAACGAUUGAAAACGAGACACGUCCUCCCUCAUGUCUGUUGUGUUGGUUGUGUAACAUAAUAGAGCGCAAUCUUAUCUAUGAUUGAACGGAAUAAGAAAUGCAAAACAUCACUUCCCUUAUAUGCAUAUGCAUAUCUGACAUACUGAUGUACAUUAAUUUUAUGCCGUUUCUACUCACAAUUGCAUCAUUUAAAGUCGCCAUUUGCCGUUUCGUCAUCGCGUGUUCGCUUCGGGAUACCAAUACGAGUACGAGAUUGCGAUAUGGGUUGAUAAGUAUAAAUGAUGCUCUCGCUGACUGGCU